AUGAUUGAGAAGACUUCAAGAGAUACCGAAGAGUGUGGGUUCAACCAAGUAGUUGAAAAAUGGACAUUCGCUUUGGACCAAGUAGUUGAAAAAUGGACAUUCGCUUUGGAUAACGGACGUUUGCAUUGUUUCACAACAUGUCACAGUUCAAAUAAUCUCCCAGCAUCUUCAACAGCAACAAAGGCGAGGCUUCUGCUAAAAGCCCAAGAAAAGAAAAACAAUGGCGAGGCUUUUCUUUGCAUCCUACUCUCUCUACCCUCUCUAACGGCUCUCUCACUCUCUCCCUACCCUCUCUCUCUCGCUCUCGCCUCGCCCCGGUCCACGGCCUUCGGCGCCGACCCGACCAGACCUCCGGCCCCGACCACCGGUCCCCGCCGUCGACCGCCGUCGCCGGCGAACGGCUUUCUCUCUCUCCCUACCCUCUCUCUCUCUCGCCCCGGUCCCCGGCCCCGUCGCCGUCGCCGACCUUCGGCGCCGACCCGAUCCGACCUCCGCCCCCGACCGCCGGUCAACGGCGCCGACCCCCGUCGCCGACCGCCUGUUCCAGUUUCCCCCCCCCGCUGGUCACCCCCCACCCUUCUCUGUCCAUACCCCCCACCCCCACCCCCCUCCUCUGGCGCCGGUACAACAGCCGAAGCUCGGUCUUCAGCCGCAACUUCGUCGGCACCCGCCGCUCGGUCGCCAGCAGCCGCAGAUCCGUCUCAGCAACGAAAUCCCUCGGCAGCAGGUCGACGCGGGGCUUGGUUGCCGGCUCGGUCUACAAGCGAAACCCGGUGA